AUGAGACAUUCUCAUAAACGUGAAGAUCGACCAAAGAGUCCGUACACGACCGACAAUAAAUAUAAUGAAAAAGACUCUAGGCAUGCGGACUUUAUAAAUACUAGAACUUUAUGUAAGUUUGCACUUUUCAUACGAAAGUGGUUAAUCACCUUUGGCAUAACGUUCUUUGAAUUUCAACCAGAAAGGCUCAGGAACAGAAAUGAAAAUUCGUAUUUAUCUGUGAAUCGGAAUAGUGAAUCUGAAUUAGAGUCGUCUACAAGUUCAUCCAGCUCUGGUUCGUCUUUACGACCUUGGAUGGCGGCAUACGAUGAUGGCGAUGAUGAUGAAGACGACGAGGAGGAAAACGAAAUAGAUGCUAUGGCUCUAGCCUUAACACCAACUCAGAUAGAGCCCCAUCAGCAAAGUAUUAAGCCUAAUUGAUAAGUUUUUUAGAUUGAUGUGUAGACUUUUAAUUAACUGGACGCUUUUAAGAUUAUUACCACUGUUGUUGGCAAGGAUUUGUUCAUAUAAAUUCAUUUGCAAGGCAAACACCUUAUGUGAACUUGUAAAGUCGUAAUGUAAGGACC